AUGACGUUAGAGCAAGUGGAGGCUAACCAAGCUACCAUGAGGUCAGACAUCAAUACGAUCCAGGAGAAGAUGGAUCAACUCCUGGAAACAAUGCUCGCCAUCGCCCAGAGAGAGAGGGUUGCGGAUGCAGAAGAUGAGGCUAGAAGGAAUGAUAACCCAUCAAGUUUAAUCCACCAAGACGACAACUUCAUCCACGCCAAGAAGGGUCUGGUUCAUAUACCAGUAGGGGGAAAGGGAGAUGAGGAUCGUGCAGAGCCUUCUGAAGCACCUGCGCAUUAUGGGUCCGAAAUGGGAGAUGACCCGUAUGAAGCUUUCUAUGUGCCGGAUCAACCAAAGCCUAAAACACUUCCAGAUCCAUCUGCAGAUAGGCUUCGUGCCUUGGAAAAGAAGAUCAAAGCUAUCGAAGGGAAUAAUAUAUUCGGUGCCUCUGCCAUGAACAUGCGUCUGGUAGAGCCACCAUUGUCUGAGAAGGAAAUGACUGGAAUAUUUGUGGACACGCUAAAGGACCCAUUCUUUGAUAGAUUGGUGAGUAGUGCAGCAUCCGAUUUUGCACAUCUGGUCACAAUCGGAGAUCGUAUAGAAAAGGGUCUGAGGGAUGGAAAGAUUUCAGGAGCUGUGGCCACCUCUAGCGCACCGAAAAAGUAUUCUGGAGGCUUCCAGAAGAAAAAAGAGGGUGAAACGAAUGCUGUAUCUAGAGGCUAUAAGGGGAAGCAACAGGCUUCAUAUGGCCAAGUCGCUGCCAUGGUACCCAUACCUUAUCAGCAACCCAUACAACAACAACCAAUGUAUCAACCACAACAUCAACAACCUCGUCAACAACAGAACACAACACCACCAAGACAAUUCAAGCCAAAGCCUCCAAGAAGGCAACUUGACCCUCUACCAGUACCUUACAGCCAAAUAUUCCCAUAUUUGCAAAAGGAGGGUCUUCUGACAUUGAGGGAGCUGAAACCGGCUGUUCUUCCAUAUCCACCAGGAUAUGAUGCUAACGCACAUUGUGAAUUUCACAUGGGAGCGCCCGGCCAUACCCUGGAGAAUUGUUUUGCAUUCCAAAAUAGGGUACAAGACCUGAUUGAAGCAAAAGUUGUUACCUUCACUCCAAGACGCCCGAACGUGAACACUAAUCCCAUGCCAACACAUGGAGGUGCUUCCGUCAGUGCCAUAGAGGAGAGUGAUCAAGGAGAACUGAUUCUUAAGGUUGAAGAGAUUCAAACCCCUAUCACCAUGAUAGGGGCACAACUGCUAAAAAGUGGUCUAGUCCCAGAGGAGCUAGUCAAUGAUGAGAAUGACAAAGGGUUGAGGAAUUUUAUACAACAAAUGCUGGAUCGAGGCGAGUUACAGAUAAAUCGCCGUGCUAAGAACAAGGAAGAGAAAGAGAUAGCCGUUGUGGUGGAUAUCCUUUACGAUGAGGUCAACGUGGACAUCCCUUUCGACGAGGUUAACGUGGACAUCCCUUUCGAUGAGGUUAACGUGGACAUCCCUUUCGAUGAGGUUAACGUGGACAUCCCUUUCGAUGAGGUUAAUGUGGCUAUCCCUUAUGAUGAGGUUAAUGUGGAAAUCCCCAUAAACCCUUUGGUGAUAGAGUUUCCAGCGCCAUUCGCAUAUGAGGAUGAGAAAGCGGUACCAUGGAUAUAUCAGCCCAGAGCUUUUAAGCAAGGGCAGGAAGACCAACCUGUGGUAAUCAACGAACCAAAUGUUACCUCAAUUGUGGGGCCAGCCGGAAUAACGCGCAGUGGCCGAGUGUUUGCACCAAGGGCUGUUGAUGCUUCUACAAAAGCCAAGGGGAAAGAAGUUGCUACUCCUAUCCAAAUUCCUGUCCCUAGUCGAGAAAUGCAAGAAAUGCAUCUGUCACCUAAAGCUGCGGUCACUCGAGAGGAGGCUGAGGAAUUUUUAAGGAUAAUCAAGAAAAGUGAUUAUAAAGUGGUAGAUCAGUUGAAUCAGACACCUUCGAAAAUCUCCAUGCUAUCUCUGUUGCUCAACUCAGAAGCACACAGGAAUUCAUUAUUGAAAGUGUUAAGCGCAGCACAUAUCACGAAAGACAUAACAACAGAACAGUUUGACGAUGUGAUAGCUUGUGUAACCACUGAAAAUUUUUUGGGGUUUAAUGAUGAUGAGUUGCCAGUUGAGGGAAAGAACCAUAACAAGGCCCUACAUAUCUCCUUGAAAUGCAUUGACACUAUACUAUCAAGGGUAUUAGUAGACACAGGUUCCUCACUGAACGUCAUGCCAAAAACCACGUUGAUAAAGCUGCCGAUGGAAGGGAUGAAUAUGAAGCCCAGCACCCUAAUUGUGAAAGCAUUCGAUGGCUCAAGACGAGCAGUGAUAGGAGAGGUUGACCUACCAAUCAAAAUAGGCCCAACUUUCUUCAAUAUCACAUUCCAGGUUAUGGACAUACAUCCCGGUUAUAGCUGCUUACUUGGGAGACCAUGGAUCCACUCUGCAGGUGCCGUCACCUCCACUUUACACCAAAAGCUAAAAUUCAUUACCGAUGACAAGAUGAUUGUGAUUGGAGGGGAGGAGGAUAUCUUGGUUAGCCACUUAACAUCUUUCCGAUAUAUCGAAGUGGAUGGCGAGAUAACCGAGACACCAUUCCAGUCCUUGGAAGUGGUAAAUAUGAUGGCUGUCCAAAAGACAUUGGAGACUCCGAAGUCAGGACCGUCCAUGGCCUCGUGGCAAGGAGCUAAGGCUGUGAUAGAAAGUGAAAACACUCAAGACUGGGGCAAAGUGGUGGAAGUGAACCAGAAGCGAGACAAGUUUGGGUUAGGGUAUGACCCGUCGUCGAUUGAAGCUAGUAACCAACACGAUGGAGAGCAGAUUCCUCCUGUAAAAGAAACGUUCAUCAGCGCUGGCCACAUUUUUGGAAACCAGGUGGCCAUGAUCAAAGUUGAAGAUCAUGAGGAAGGAGCGUCUGGCUGGAUACGACAAGCCGCGCCUAAUGAAGAAUUGACAAACUGGAAGGCUGUUGAAGUCCCUCAAAUUUUUCAAAAGUAA